GAAAAUAUUGCUUGUGAUUUGUGAAUUAUUAUUGAGUGGAGAAAGUACUGUUUUGCUGUCUAAAAAUAGGUAUCAUGUUUAUCGUCGAAAUCCGGAAUAAAUAGACGAAAUAGUUGAAAAAGGAGCGAAAGAAUACGUGUAGAGAUUAUGAGCGGGUAGUUACUUGUAAUUAGCGCGAAUAUAAAGAGCCUGCUCGCAAUACGAAAUGCCGGCAUCCACUUUGGACCCCGUGAAUGCGGCGCUCCGCACGGCGCUAUCGAAAAGCGCGUGCAGUAGCACUCUGGAUUCACAACUGGCGGGAUCAACCAAAAAGGCACUGCUGUCUAAUAUCGAAUUUGAAGCUGCCGGCAGUUACCAAAGCUGCGUCUUGGAUAAGCUCAAGUCGAAGUACAUUGUGCUGAAAGCGUCCGAAACAACUGAGAACAGUACAAAAAGUAAAAAGUCUGAAACGGUCCCCGCUGACGACGGGUUUGUUCUGGCGAAACAGGAGCUGUAUCCUUUAAAAUCGGUGCAGCUAGGAUGGAACAAUGCUGAUUGGUCCGUAGGCGCUGGUAUGGUAAACAUGGGCAAUACCUGUUAUCUCAACUCGAUAUUACAAGCUCUUUUUCACGUGCCCGCGCUAGUUAAUUGGCUCAUAUCCGAAAAGCAGCAUUCGACAGAGUGCGAGGAUACAGGUGGGAGUAUAUGCAUAAUAUGUGCGAUGCGCAAAACCUUGCAAGAUUCCCAACAACGCAAUAUUAAUACAAUCCGUCCUUAUUUAAUUUACAACAAGUUGAGGAUAUUAUGCCGACAUCUAAUACCGGGCAGACAGGAGGACGCGCACGAGUUCUUGAGAUAUUUAGUCGAAGCAAUGGAGAAGGCGUAUUUAAGCCGUUUUAAAAAUAGUUCCGAGUUUGACUCGCGAACCAAAGAGACUACACCGUUAAAUCAAAUUUUGGGUGGUUAUUUGAGAUCGGCCGUUAGGUGUUUGGAGUGUGGGAAUGUUAGUACAACGUUUCAGCACUUUCAGGAUGUUUUACUAGACAUAAGGAAGGCGCAGACUCUCGAUGAGGCGCUAGAACUGUAUUUUUCGCGAGAGAAACUCGACGACGAUUCGUAUCACUGCGAGUCGUGUCAAAAAAAGGUACCCGCGUGGAAGCAGUUUUCCCUGGAAAGGGCGCCUAUGGUUUUGUGUAUACAACUCAAGCGGUUCUCGAUUAAUAGCAAAAUAUCGAAGCAAGUGCAUUUUCGGCAAAGGCUCGACAUGACGAAGUAUGUCCGGAGACGACCGACUGGACCUUUGAUCUAUAAGCUCGUCGCUCUCGUUACUCAUAUGGGAAUUAGUGUUAAUUGUGGCCAUUAUACGGCCAUUGCUCAAGGUCCUUCGGGGAAUUUUUACCAAUUUGACGAUAGCAUAGUUAAACCAAUUUCCAACCAGGCUGUGUUCGGCACAAGCGCCUACAUCAUGCUUUACGAGCUCGAAAAUUCGCCAUUUUCGCCCAAAAAUAGCAAGUUGUUGUCGCCAAUUAGUACAAUUACUCAAACACAAGAGGAAGUGACGACUACAUCUUCCAACGGGAACCUUAAGGUUUACGGACCUGUGCUUCCACCCAACAAAUUUCAAAAACAGGUAACAACAGCUCAAAAUGGAGUUACAUCUACACUGAACGGAAAUAGUGAGCAACCAGAAAAGAGCCCUCAAACGCAUUCACCAAAAACGGAUAAGGAAAAUAAACCACUGGCUUCGAGUUCCGCAAGUUCACCAAAUGUAAAAAUCACAGGCAACGAAAAUAAAUGCCCUAAAGCUCCAUUAGCUUUGAAAACGGACGGCAAUAAUUUAAAACUGGCCGUGUCAUCUCCGAAUGUAACCAGCACGACCGGCGAAUCAUGUCGAAGUCCGGAAAAGUCAGUAACGAAGACAAAGCUAGUCCCAUACGACAUGGACGAUUCGUCAAACAACUCCGAAGAGUCCCACCCUAACACCUCAAAAGUGCCCUCGGUUAACUCGCCCGAUUGGAAGGUGUCGUCAUCGAAUGACGGCGCACCCGAACCGUCGACCGAAGGCAACACCUGGGAUAAGAAAGUGUCCAACACCGUUAACGAGCUCUACCAAAUGUCGCACAACGGUUACGGAUUUCCGGUCAAAACGUGGAACGGAACACGGUCACAUCUGGACAAGGAGGUCGGUAACGAACGAAGGGAGGCGCGAAAGAGAAGCAUGGCCGAAUCGGAACCCUGUCGCACUAAACAUCUCAAACUCAAUUCAAAUAAUACUCACAACGGAAAUUAUAACCCCCUGCAGGAAUAUCACAAUUCGAAAAAUUGGACUCUAGGUAACGGACGUUAUAGGACGUUUUACAAUUUACACAAAAGACAUCGGAACGACCAUCGCAUGUAUCAUCACAAAAAUUUCCAUAAAAAUCAUCGUUUUCGCCGUUGAGGACGUAAUUUUAGUCUAUUGUAAAGAUGUAUAAAGGGGAAAUAAGUACUAAUAGUGAAAACUCGUGAAGAAGUUAGAUUUAACUUUGUAUAGAUUAUUUAUUUUAUUCGUUUUGACUUCCUUUUUUAGUAUCGCAUUUUGCGUAUACUAAAAACUUUUAAUAUUACUUUAUUUUAAGCGUACGUGACUAGGUCACAAAGAAAGGAUGUAGCAAAGGCCCAUUGUUUAACUGAUUUUUUCUUGCUGUGUUGUUUCGAAAACGGCCUACCUACUCUUGUCUGUAUCUCAGUUGGAAUUUUGUUAGUUCUAAUCAAUUCUUGUUAAGGAAAUUGCGUGUGUUACGGGAUUUGUUUAUUUUUUUACUAAGCUAUGCAAAAUUAAGUAAUAUUAAUUGGGUGGUAGUUCUUUGCAUCUACACGAAAAUAGACCAUUUCAAAUUCGUGACGUUGUUUUUGAUAUCUCAAAGAAAUGUGUGAUAGGUGUGAACUUUAAAAGGAUUUCGAAUAAUGAAUAAAUGUUCACUUUUUACACUCCGCUUUCAUAGCUGACGUAAAUGUUUCGUACAAUUCAUUAUUAGGAAUUUCUGUGUUAUGUAAAUAUUUCGUAUGUGUAAUAUCAUGAUUAUGUAUUAUAGGUUAUCUAAGUGAUCCCAUCCAUGCUACACUUUUCUAAGUAUUAGAUUUUAAAUGUGUUCUAUAAUUUCAUAUUUGUAUCGUUCAUUAAUUGAUGUACUUUUACGUAGAUAGAUAUCUUUGGAAGGACAGUGUGGUAUUUAUGUUUUCCUUGCAUUUACUAUUCGAUAAUUUUUAUUAUAUAUAUUUUUUACUCUAUUCAGUGUUAUAAUUUGUACAGAACAAAGUCUGAUAGUAAUUACAUGUACAAAUUGCAAGCUUGAAUAAAAUAUAUCUCCAAUUUUAAGGGCAACCCAAAUAAAACUUGCAAAUCAAUGUAUCCUUGUAUAACAAAAUGACAAAUGUUUAUAGAUAAUCUAGCUAUGAUGAAUUUAUCAAACAAUUGGUACGUUCAUAACACUGUUACGUCUCUUGUAAUUAUAGGUGAUUGACUAAAUAUGAGCCAACAACGACAUGGUUUUGUGAGAGGCUUGGUAACCAAGGAAAAAUGUCUGGUAUGGUGGAGAGACAUCCUGAAAACCCUUGAAUGUCAUGAAGACGGUGGCCACCCAAGGGAAUAGUGUUAGCAAUACAGAAUACAACGACCAAGUCAAUUGCUGGAAGUAAGACUUCACAGGCUAGCCAAGCAAGAGAAGAAAGGCUAUGUUGGAAGUCAAACGGAGAUUAGCUGACUGAGGAAUAGAAAUGGACGCCAAAAAGCCAAGCUUGCUCGAAUUUGAAACAAGAAAGGCCGAGCAAGAAAUCCUGGUGGACUUGGAAGUGGCCAUCAGAGGGGUAAAAAAUGAGUUCUUUAUCAUCUCGAAGGAGUGAAGGCUGUAUGGGAUUUGUGCAUCGGCAUCCCUUACCAUUGUAUCAAGAUCAAGACAUUGCUGGAUUGUUAUGACCACAUUUGCAGCAAGUGAAUAGCACAAAUGCGUGCGGAGCAGAUCAUGGAGUUGACUAGGGACGUUGGGAAACAUCAGGUUUUGCUUUGGCGUGAUGAAAACGGUCGCCUUCCUGAAAGCAGAGAGCAAGCUUUGAGACGUCUCAAUCACUCAAAGUGGAUUAGGACAAGAUGAGGCCACAAAGAAUCAUGGAGCGAGUUUCAAUGACAAUUUUCUCACAGGUCCUUAUGUGUGGAGUCCCUUCCAGGGAUUUUGAUAUCAAAGAGAUGUUCCACCAGGUUCUCAUUCGAGACGAAGACGGAGAUGCGCCCAGGUUCCUCUGGACAUAAGACAAAUUGCAGCCUGUUGAGGAGCAGCAGAUGAAAAUGAUGAUAUAUUUCAUGUCAGUGUUGGACCCUCUUGGCUUUGUGGGGCAGUUCAUGAUGAAGGGAAAAAUGCUGCUUCAGGGGGCGUGGUAGAAAGGAGUUCGAUGGGAUGAAUUACCUAUGCCUUAAAGAGAAAUGAUCAAAUAUCUUUACCGCGAUGGUGGAUCUCAACCUGGAAACUGAUGACAUACAUCAACUACACCUGUUCACAGACCCCAACGAACCAGCAUUUGAUGCUGUUGAAUUCUUUACGUGUAUAAGCGGAAGGAUCUGUUCAUGCACUAAAACAACGCUCUCAAUACCAUGCUUGGAGCUUCAAGGGUCGUAGUGGUGAGUCUUUCGGGCAUCAAUAAAUAAAAUUCAAGAUAAAGUUUCUUUACAACUUGGUUAAUAUAACAAUAUAGAUUUUAAUGCAUUA